UUAAAUGGGAGGUGGGAUGUUGAUCUACAAAAAAAUGGGAGGUGGGAUCAGCAGUUGGAAGGGUGUCCUUAUAACUCCAAGUGAGUGUGACUUUUCAGGAAGCAGGAGGAAAGGAAAAAAUUACUGCGAUUCAGACACACAGCAAUGGUGACGACAAGAAGACAGGCGGCCUCUGCAACUCCGGACCCAAAAACGCCCCAAAAUGCUACGAAUCCCAACCCAAAUACCCGAAACCCUCGAACACCAUUUUCCACCACGGCCAUCAUCUCCGCCUCCGUCAAAUCUGUCUUAUUGCAUGAUUGGUGGCUGGUAAAGGCUGAAGGAAAGGGCUUGGCUGUUGGAGGUCUUUCUUCUAGAGAUGGACUAGGAGUAAGAGUUUUUAGCUCAGCAGAAAUUUCCAAGAGACACACGGCCACUGUUCUUGAGACAGCAGAUGGGAUCAUGGUUACAGUUACUGGCUUCUUAGAUAGGUCUCGCACGCAUCAAAAUGGCUUUCCCCCAGAGCUAUACAAUCACUUUCUGCUUGGAUUUCCAUUUAACUGGGAGGAGUACGCUGCUGUUGAUUUGGGUGAAGAUUCUAGUGACAUAGGUGCUUCAUUGAGGAAAUCAGCUUCCCAAAAGUUCAACAUGCCUUCAAGAAACAACGAAAGUAAUUCCUUACCAUUUUCUUUAGAUGAUCUCACAGCGACAAAGGGACGUGAUAUAUUAAUGUUAAGUUAUGGAGACUCUGAUUAUCAUUCACUAGUGAAGAACAUUUUCAGUGAUAUACUGGGAACAUCCAAGGACAAAGCUUUUGAGCAUACCGGGUCAUCAAUCAAUUUAAAUGUGGAAAAUAGUUGUCCGGUUGAAAAUGUAGAUUCUGGAACAACUAAAACUCCAAGAAAGCAUAAGAAGGUUAUUGUUCAAGAUGGCAAAAACAUGAUCACAGAAACCAGUAGGGUAGGGGUUUCCACAAGAAGCAUGACUAAAGGUGUUUCCACAAGGAGCAUGACUAUAAGGAAGAUUUCCACAAGAAGCAUCACCGGAAGAAAGUUGUAGCCCACCAGCGUUUCCGUCAGAGCCUACGGGAACUAAAUCGGAGGGGCAAAAAACAGUAAGUGCUGAAAAUUUGAGUCAUGCUGCCACAUCAUCUGGUGAGGGUAUAGGGGCUAAAGUCAGAAUAUGAAGUGCAAGGCUGAGGAAUUUUGAAAAUAUCUGCAAGGCACAUCUCUAAAUCACCACUGAUAACUUUUUGGAGUGGCUUCUU